UUAAUCGAGGUACGAAUCGAAUUCUAUAAUCGCUGACUUUUUGUUGCUCAAAAUUCGCUCGAAAUGUGAAAUAUUGCUCAAAUGUUGCCCAAAGUGCGAAAAAAAAGUGCUCAACGUUGCUCAACAUGCAAAAUGGUGCUCCAAACAAAAAAAGUGCUCAAAAAGUGCUCAGCGCAAUCGGGAAAGGCCUACUAAUAAUGAAAAAUAUGACCUUAGAAAUAACGGAAUUAAUUUUCAACUGGAUAAACCUAAGACUAAUUUCCUCAAAAAAAGUACUAGCUACUCAGGGGCAAAAUGCUGGAAUAAUUUGCCAAAUGAGAUUCAAAAGAAAUGACGAUGGGACACAAUAUUUUGUAUAUAUUCUCUUAGACUUUAACUGUGUGAUAAUUUGUAUUAUAUUAUAUUUUAGAUGUAAUUUUUAUUAAACUUUGUAAAUAUUAGUUUAAACGGCCUCUUGAAAAACGGAUCAUAGGUGUUCUGAAGAGCUACCGUUUUAAAAUAUUUGUAAAUAAUAAUAAAUUGAUAUUUCCUUUCCUGUUCAUUAAUACUGAAAAAUUUGUAUUUUCCGAUGUAUUUUUGUACGACACGACUUUGUUUAUCUGAUUGUCUCGCUUUAUGAAACAUAUAAACCUUUAUAUUUUUCGCUGUGUAAUAUAAAUAAACUCUGUAUCGUCUAUGAAGAACAAAUUUUGCACUCGCUCGUUCGUUUAAUUUGCGAAAACAGAUUAUAACGCGUGCGUAAAUACCACACGUAAGUAUUUCCCAUGAAAAAAUCUCUAUAUACUAUUCGGUUAUCCGGUUAUCCGGUUAUCCGGUUAUCCGGUUAUCCGCUACCCGGGUUUUCUACCAUGCCGAUCCCGACUCUGUCUCCUGAUCGGAUGAUUGUAUUAAAGUUCUCUGAUUGGUUCAAAUAGAACAUCUAUAACCAAUCAGAGAGUUUUAAUACGAUCAUCCAAUCAGGAGACAGAGUUAGGAUCUGACCCUAAUUCAAACUGAUUGGCGCGGCUCAAUGAAUCAAUUACCGCUUUCGAUCAGCGGUUUAUUUUUCCUCUCCCCUUCGCAAUGAAAAUAAUAUAAAUAAACCUCUGGAACCAGGGUAAUACUUGGAUAACUUUUCUGACUUUGCGGAGAUGCGCGUCUGCACCACAGUCUAAGACAUUCGUUACUCAGACUAUAUGCACACGGUACCGUUUCUGAGCUUUUUCGGUUUUUGGUUGUAAUGCGUUAAUUUCUGAAACUGAAAGUACCAUUUUCACGUACGUUCUGUUCACACGAAAACGUAUGAAAACGACGUCAGGAAGCAAAAACGUUUCAAAUAGUGAAAACGAUGCCAAAGAUUCGUUCUCUACGUCUGAAACGUUUGGUCAUUUUCGCACUUUGUUAUUGUGUAAACAGAAAAGUAGAAGGCGAAAAUGAAAUUCCGUGUUUGAAUUUGGAAACGAAGACUAUAAAAAACUAGUGCUUUGUCUGAAAAUGUUGCGAGAAAAACGAUCAAUGUGAACAAGGCGCCUAAACGCUAAAUUUGAAAACGGCACUGCAAAAACGCUCAAAAACGUGACCCGUGAGCACAUAGUUUCAGUCUCAAGUUAGGACUUAUGAAAACACAGUAUAAAUUAUGUUAAAUUUAAAUUUUUUUCAGCUUUAUAUGUUUAAUAUAAAUAAAUUAAAAUAAUACACCUAUCUGAAAACAAACGCACGAAAAUAAAAUAGUGCUAAUCAUUGAGCUGUGGUUGCAGUUAUUUCGAUUUCGUGACCAUAUAUUUGUUUGUUCUUAGAAUGUCGUAUUUUAUAAAUAAAGCAACCCGAUUCCUUUUUAGCAACAACCCACGAACAGGCAUCCACAUUUCAAAACAAGAGCCAUAUUGGUGUCCCUCAGUUACUAGCACACCAAUAUGAUUCUCAUUACCUAAAUCUAACCUUUACAAACUUUUGAAAAACUCGGCAAAUUCAACUAGCGUCACUCGGCAAUUUGACAUUCGACACCCCCCAAUCCAUAUCCCUUCGUAACAGCCCUGAUUCAGUGAAGAGGAAUUCUAUUCCAUUUCCUACAGUUGCACAAACUUGAUUAAUCCCCCUUGAGCCACAGAACAUUUCCCAUCUUUGUAAGUAAGUGCGAUGUUGUUUUUGUGUUCCCUGCCGCCACGACUGCAUGAUAAUUUCUGAAGCCCCUUCUGAAAUGCCUCUGUUGAGGAGGUGACUCCUGACAAGUGGCAACAUAAUAUCUCCAGUUUGUUGAACAAUGGGUGUAUCGCCUGUGGAUAUAUCCGUUUGUAGAAUCAGCGUGUUCUGUCUCCUAGGUAAAAUCACAGGAUAUUGUAUAAUCAUAUUCGAUCAUUAGGUAAGGUCACCAAGCUUGUGUGGGCCAAUAUGGAACAACAAUCAAGGCUGUGGCUUGGUCCUUCUUUACUUUUUGAAGAACUUGGUGAAUAAUGCAGAAAGGAGGAAAAGCAUAAAAUUUAUACAUUCUCCAUGACAAAUGAAAAGCAUCAAUUGCAUAUGCUUCUGGGUCUGAUGUGUAAGCAACAUAUGGCUUAACCUGGUAAUUAAGCCUAGAGGCAAACAAAUCAAUAUCAGGAAAAAAAAACAAUUUUGAAACUACGGAAUUAAAAAUGUCCUUGUUAAAGGCCAUGUUACACGGUGCAAUUUUUCUUGCAACUUGCAAUGCAAUUCUACUCUUGAGAGAUGUAAAAUUGCCAAAUACGAGUCUUCGUUACACUCCGCUGAUGUUUUCUAAACAUAUCGAAAAUUCUAGAUCUUCACUGAUUUUACUAAUUAACAUCUCUCAAGAUCUUGCAUUGCAAGUUGCAAGAAAAAUUGCACCGUGUAACAUGGUCUUAAGAGACCAUUCAGUUUCUCGUCGAGAUGCACGAGAUUCUGUAUCAACCGCAGUGUUUUGUUUACCUGAAAUGUGUGCCAAAGUGAGCCAUGUAUUGUUAAUUAUACACCAUUCCCAGAUUUUUGACACUAAUGAUUAUUUGCUUUAGAAUGACAGGUGCCCAUGUUGUGAUAAAAAAACACAGCAGUAGUGUUAUCAACUAGCAGUUUUACUGAUGUUUUCCGGCAACUGCGGAGGAAAAAAAGAUUGCAACGCCGAGAAAACUGCUAGGAUUUCUAAGUAAUUUCUGUCAUUUGCCGUUUCAUCAGGUGUACAGUUUCUACCUGUUGUUGUGGUGUCUAUACAGGGCCCCCAUCCAGUCAAAGAUGCAUCGGUAGACGUAGUGACUUCAACCUCCCCAUGGUUUAUUGGGUUAUAGGCGUCUGGUAGGGAUGUUAUCCACCAUUUUACAUCUGUUAUAGAUUCCUGUGAAAUAGACAUUCCCCCUCAAAAUUCCCUUUACUUUGUUUAAGGGUAUUUGUUUUGUCCAUUUCCAGAGAUCUAUAGUGGAGUGGGCCAAACAUUACCCCUGGGAAGCUCGAUUAAUUUUUUAGCCCUUUCAGGCGUCAAUGACACACACAUCUUUAAGGAGUCAAGGACAAAUCCUAAAAACACAAUUCGUUAACGUUGUGUAGGAAUAAGUAUGGACUUCUCUGAAUGCACAGUAAACCCAAGUUUGUCUAAAAAGCUUAAAGUAUAGCUACAAUGUUCUCAAUGCAACGUCAUAUCAGGCUGAUUUUAGCCAGGAAUCAUCAAUAAAAACGACUGAUGUGUGGCCAUGCUUCCUUAAGUAAGCAAAGGCAGGUUUUAACAGCUCAGUGAACUUCCGAGGUCAUAUACAUACUUCCAUUGGGAAAACAUACAAAUUUGUAUAUCUGCCCUUGCCACUGAAAUUUUAAAUAUUUGUGAUAAUCAGCAUGGAUUGGCACUGAGUAAUAUGCAUCUAUGGAAGUUAGUAAAAAAUGGUAUGUCCGAAAAUUUUUUUCUUUCCUUCCCCCCACCCCCCGCUCGCCAACAAUUUUGGGAAAAGAAAUAUUAAUUAGCGACUGAAAUGUCCGUCGGGCACGACUUCCGCCACGCCCUUUUGGUCAGGCAAAACAGCUCACACCCCCGCAGCCGUAAUACCCAAGUUACGCCCCUGUUCGAAGACCCUAAAAAUAGAAAAUUGUCCGGGUGACUAUGCCCCUGACGAUUUGCCCACCCCCUCCCCCCACUCGUAUGGGGCUGGUUACGCCCCUGGCGUCAUGCUAUGUGGGUGAUGUACAAAUGAUCCAUUGACCUGCUGAGGCAAAUCUACCUUUCCUAUCACGGGUUUAAUUUCGCACGGUUGAACUAAAUAAAAAUAUUCAAAAUAGUAUAUUCAAAACAAGAGCGCACAGGGCAGUGAACCACAUUUCAUCUCCAGUAUAUGUACAUUUAUUAUAUUACGAUAUAGAUUAAUAGUUCCAAAUGAAGACCCUACAGUAUCGUCUGUAUCGAUAUCUUGGCCGCUCAUGCACAAUACUUGGCAAUUGCAUGAUGGCAUAUGUUUUGAGUUAUUUUGCCGACACAAUGUUAAGUGGUUAUGCAUUAUUUGUUCCUUUAUAUAUACGCAAACAUGUCCUUUAGAACCUGGGGGUCCUUAAAAAAACAGGGGGUCCUUAAAAAACCAGGGGGUCCCUAAAAAACCAGGGGGUUACAUUUUAUGUAGCAGAUGCGGUUUCUCUUCAAGUCUUUUUUAUUAUCGCUUAUUUUUUUCACAGGAAGAUGUUCAAUCGCUUGUUAUCGACAACCACUCUUAUUCUAGCAGAUAAACUGGCAUUAUUCUUAUGAUGGCUAAAUGAUACAGGAUGCAUGCCAACAAGUCAUCCUUCAUCUGCAAUAUUUAUAUAUUGUUUCUUAGGGACUGGUCAUAAUUUAGCAGGGGGGGAGGAGGUGUAAUUCAAAAUUUUAAGGAAUAAUAUUUUGUCACCCUGCUUUGCCAUAACCCGGAAAAAUUGUCUUUCGCUCGUGUCGGUAAAUAUGUACCUACCUACUACUAAACCCCGCAUUCAAUAAAUUUUCUAAUUGCUCUUUAAAUUUUCUAAUCGCACUUUAAAUUAAAUACUAAAAUUUAUAUUAUACGAAUACAUAGCCAUAUAUAAAACUUUAGUUUAUCAAGCCUAGCUUGAUCCUCCUCUGACGUUGACUCGCCGAACUCUUGACGGCGGAACAGUGAAUGUCGUUAAAUUUAAUUGAACACAGUGAUUUAUAUCAGUAACUUUUCAUUUUAAGUUUUAAGAAUCAAUUUUUUUCAAUGCAACUCAAACAAAAUGUUAGAAGGCAUGUAUAAAACAAUUAAUUGAACUAAAACAGCUGACUCCCCCCCCGGCCUUCAUAAACUGUCUAAUAUAUUAUGAACCCCCCUCUUACCUGGCUAAAAAAUAUGUGCCCCCACACUGUUUCCGCCUCCCCACCCCUCCUGCUAAAUUAUAACAAGUCCCUUACUAUAACUAUAAUUACUAGUAACUUACUCUCCAGUUAAGAAUAAAUAAUAAAUAUAUAUUCUAUUAAUAGUAACAAAUUUCAUUUGGUAAUUUCUAUCUUUUUAAUUUUUGUCUAUAGGGUGGAUGUGGAGAAACGUUUUUAUAGGAGAGGUAUGAUUGCUUCAGCAAGUCAAUGGGUCAUAUUAAACACCUAUACAGUUAUCAGAGUGACUCUAUUGUUCACGAUAGUCAAGAGGCGACUCAAGAGGCGACGCUAAAGAGGGAGGGGGGAGGGAACACCCCAGUCAUCGGGUAGUCGGCAAAAUAUUUGAAUCGGCCCAGUCGGCAAAACACGAAUUUGGAUAGGAAGGAAAAUAAUAACAUAUUUGAGUGACGCUGAUUAAAAAUUAAUGAUAAUUAAGAUGUGGAGAAAUUUACGAAAAUAUUGGAGAAUAAUGGAGCGAACAACGGUAGUUGAAAUUUCAGUUACAGCCCACCAUUCAAAGAGGUCUAGCGCCAGCCCUGACUAUAGAUAAUCAUUGGGUCGUUCUUGCAUGCAUCAGUAUACAUGCGUACACGUCCUCACGUUGGUCCAAGGCAAAUGAAAACCAUCUAUAUCUCAAAUUACAUAUACUGUUUAUGCAAAUUUAACGUUUCUGGUUACAUAUACACGUUUCUGGUUAACACUUUCUGGCUAUAGAUAAAUGUGGACACCUGGUCUCUUUUUAUAUAGUGUUAGAGCUAUAAGAGCGUCUGCGAGGGAGACACUUUUUGUACG